GGGGGGUGGGAAAGAAAGAGGCUUGCCGGAUUUAAUCGCUUCGCGUUUCCUCCUGUGAAUGGCAUUCUUCUCCACCAAGCAUGUUCUCACCUGUCCAAGAAAUUUCCAGCACAACUAUGAUAGAGGAUAAAGGCCCAAGAGUGGUCGACUACUUUGUAGUGGCAGGACUCACGGAUACAUCAACUCUUCUGGAUCAAGAAGUAAAUCGCUCUGAAACAAAAUCAGCUGGUCCAAAAGCUCCGAUCACAGAUCUUGCUAUCAUCAUCAAGUCAGCGGGUGAAACUGUUCCUGAGGGUUACACCUGCGUUGAAGCAACCCCUACAGGACUUCAGGCCAAUUUGAACUAUGGGAGUCUUAAAAGUCCAGAGCUUUUUCUUUGCUACAAGAGGGGCAGGGACAAGCCACCUCUUAUUGACAUUGGAGUUUUAUACGAAGGGAAGGAAUGUUUAAUCCCAGGCUGUGAGGUGAUCCAGGCUACUCCCUACGGUCGUUGUGCUAAUGUCAAUAACAGUUCAGCUACUUCCCAGCGAAUCUUUAUCACCUAUCGGAGGGCUCUGGCAGUGCGACCCCAAAACUCCUUGGCUGUUACCGACAUCUGUGUUAUUGUAACCAGCAAAGGAGAAACCCCUCCUCAUACUUUCUGCAAAGUUGAUAAGAAUUUAAAUUGUGGCAUGUGGGGUUCCAGUGUGUACCUGUGUUACAAGAAAUCUGUUCCAGCUUCCAACUCAAUUGCAUAUAAAGCGGGCUUAAUAUUCAGAUAUCCAGAAGAUGAUUAUGAAUCAUUCCCCUUGUCAGAAUCUGUACCUCUAUUCUGUCUUCCAAUGGGAGCUACCAUUGAAUGCUGGGACCCUCAAACCAAAUACCCAUUGCCUGUAUUCUCAACAUUUGUUUUGACGGCUUCAAGUGCAGAAAAGGUGUAUGGUGCUGCUAUCCAGUUUUAUGAGCCUUAUUCACGAGAGCUGCUAACAGAAAAGCAGCACAUGCAGCUGGGCCUCCUGACAGCUGUAGAGAGAAAAGUAGUUACCUCAAAAUCCAUAAAUUCCAACAAAUGCAUCUGCCUUCUGUCACAUUGGCCUUUUUUUGAAGCCUUCAGAAAAUUCCUAAUGUUCAUCUAUAAGCUGUCUGUGUCUGGGCCGCAUCCUCUUCCAAUUGAAAAGCACAUAUCCCACUUUAUGCACAACAUACCUUUCCCCUCUCCUCAAAGACCAAGGAUCCUUGUGCAGCUCUCUGCACAUGAUGCAUUAAUACUGUCUCAACCAGUUUCUACACCCUUACCACUCAGCGGAGCAAACUUCAGCACUCUGCUAAUGAAUCUUGGACCAGAAAACUGUGCCACUUUACUCCUUUUUGUACUACUGGAAGGCAAGCUUCUGCUGCACUCUCUCCGACCAGCUGUGCUGACUGGAGUAGCUGAAGCUGUGGCAGCUAUGAUUUUUCCAUUUCAGUGGCAGUGUCCCUACAUCCCCCUCUGUCCUUUGUCUCUGGCAACAGUGCUCAGUGCUCCUGUCCCAUUUAUUGUUGGAGUUGAUUCGCGGUACUUUGAUCUGUAUGACCCACCACAAGAUGUUGUUUGCAUUGACUUAGACACAAACAUGGUGUACAUAUCAGAUGAUAAGAAGAGCAUGAACUGGAAACAGCUUCCUAAGAAGCCAUGCAAAAGCCUUCUCAGCACCUUAAAGAAACUGCAUCCACAACUGGCAUUAGUUCACAGAAAGACCCAAGAAGGCUCGGCAGUAGAGAUGACACCUAUAGAGGCAGAUUUCUCCUGGCAGAAAAAGAUGACACAAUUUGAAAUGGAGAUUCAGGAAGCCUUUCUACGUUUCAUGGCAUCUAUUUUAAAGGGGUACAGAACGUUUCUUAAACCAAUCACCCAGGCACCUUCAAAUAAAGCUACGGCUGCAGAUUCCUUGUUUGACCUUCAAGGUUUUUUAAAAAGUAGGGACCGUGCCUACACAAAAUUCUACAUGGUUUUAACAAAGACACAGAUAUUUAGUCGCUUCAUUGAAGAAUGCAGUUUUGUGAGUGACAAAGAUACUGGCCUGGCAUUUUUUGAUGACUGUGUAGAAAAGCUUUUUCCAGAGAAAGGAUCCGAAAAAGGAGAUAAGGUUGAUAUAGACUCUGCAGAGGAUACUCGAUUGAUUGAACUUGAUGAGUCACAGAAGAGUGAACACACAGUGUUCAUAAUGCCGCCAGAGCCUCCCCCUGAUGAUGGACAGGAGAGAUUACCUAAGUACAGCUAUAAAAUCUUCCCUAGGUUAGACUUGAAGCUUUUUGACAGACCACAAGAGCUCAAGCUUUCAUUCAGCAGGCCCUCAACAGGAGGAAACAUUUCAAAUAGUCCGGCACUCAUGGCAAAGAGGACAAAACAGGAGAUAAAAGCAGCACAUAAAAUAGCCAAAAAAUACAACACGAAUGCUCCACAAUGGGCCAAGUGUCUCUUCAGUCAUUGUUAUAGCUUAUGGUUCAUUUGUCUCCCAGCCUAUGUUAGAGUUUCUCAUCCCAAAGUCAGAGCCCUGCAGCAAGCAUAUGAGGUUCUUAUUAAAAUGAGGAAAACUGAUGUUGAACCACUAGAUGAAGUUUGCUAUAGAGUUGUAAUGCUGCUUUGUGGACUUUGGGGUCAUCCUGUUCUGGCUGUGAGGGUCUUCUUUGAAAUGAAAAACGCUGGCAUACUACCCAAUGCAAUCACCUAUGGUUACUACAACAAGGCAGUUCUGGAGAGUCCAUGGCCUAGCAGUAAUCGCAGUGGUAUAUUUCUCUGGACAAAGUUGCGGAAUGUGGUACACAGUAUGGCACAAUUUAGGCAGUGUCUCAGAAAAUCUACACAGAGUUCACAGGUCACUUCAAUAUCAGCUCCUCGGAUGAUCACGGGUGGAAGUGAUGGGGACACGGUGAGCCAUGGUAGUAUGGAUAGUUCUAAUGAUGCUAACAGUGGGGAGCACACACUCUUCGUCAGAGACUUAGUCAGGCUUGAUUCCGUUGGUAAUCACUCUAGCACAGGUGGUCAGUCUGAUCAGGGUUAUGGUUCUAAAGAUGAACUUAUAAAGGAUGAUGGAGAUGGUCUUCAUGCAACAGAUAUGCUUGUAGAAAGAGGGCUUGUUACCAAAGAUAAAGAAUUAAUUGGAGACUUUUGUGCUGCCAGUCAGUCUGCUGAAAAACAACAUCCUAAAGCAGAAUCCCACAGCCUGGUAGAAGUGCCUGUGCACCCUGCAAGCAGCAUUGUGAAGGCUCCUACUGGUAUUUUUGAUAGCACUGGCAGAAAGAGCAGCAGUGGAACUGCAUCCAGUCCACUCUUCAUAGCUCAGGAUUCAGUUGAAGAUUCUGUGUUCGAUGGCAGUACUUCUCCCCAGAGAACAAGUGAAAAAGGGAAGAAGAGGCAGAAGCUUUUCUCAGAAAGGAGCUGCAGCUUCAGCACUGAAAGCAGAGCAGGCAUGUUGCUGAAGAAAAGCAGCUUGGACUUCAACUCCAGCGAUAUUGCGAUUAUGAUGGGUGCAGAUGCAAAGAUCCUCACAGCAGCUCUGUCUGGGGCCAAAAUAUCACCGGCCCAUAUGAGCAAGUCCCAUAGCUUUGACGCAGGUUGCGGCGGACUCUUCUUCCGUGCUACGGAUACUGCCGGGACUCAUGGGAAUGAAAAUAUUUGGGAAGCAGAGUCGAGGUCAUCACCUGUUCUGGAGGAGCCUGAGGAAGGGCAGGAACAGCUGGAAAAUGGGCAUGAUGACAGUGCAGCCAAAGCAGAGAGUGCUAAUCCCAAACCUCUUGAAACCACUCAGUCCGAAUCUGAGCAAACUGAAUCCAAAGAGAUGGUGAACAAGAGAAAUAGUUUCUGUGGAGUGGCCAAGCCUGUUGAAAGGGAGGAUGUUCAAGUGGGCCGGGACCCUUUAUCUUUGUUGGCAACUGAGACAGUAGAGCCAAAACCCUCUGAACAGGAAGAAAAGGUGAUAUCGCCAGUUGUAGCACGCAAUCUGGCUGAUGAAAUUGAAAGCUACAUGAAUCUGAAAAGUCCCCUAGGCAGCAAAUCUUCCAGCAUGGAACUCCACAGAAAAGAGAGCAGCAGCCGAGAGACAGACUCCCCUAGUCUACUAGGUGCUUCUCUGGAGAGGAGGUCAAGCUUGCCUUCAGAUUCCACUCCGUCUUCCCAGGUUCAGAAUGCCAGUCAGAAAAGUCCACCUGUUUCAAGGUCCAAAACUUUUACUGGAAGACCAAAGCAACUGACCCUUUCACGUAGCCAAAAAGAACGGUCUACAUCUUUAUCAGGCUUGGGUCGAUCUUCGCCUCAGGCUUCAUUUGGUGCGGUAGUUACAACUCUAUCGGGUCUGAAGCUAGACCACAUAUUGUCUGGACCAAAAAUAGAUGUCCUGAAGUCUGGCAUGAAGCAAGCGGCUAAUGUAGCCAGCAAGGUGUGGGGAGCUGUGUCCUCAGCUUACAGCUAUUCAGAUGAUGAGGAAGAAAGCAGUCGACCUGAUUUUACCUUUCCAGCUGGCUUUGAAGAUCAUAUUUUAGGUGUUAAUCAAUCACAAAAAAUGGGAAUCCCAGGGCUCACCACCAGUGAACUUGCACAGAGUACAACCAGUCUUGGAAGCAGCAGCAGCAGUGGAGAUGCAGGGAGGCAACACUACCAAACAGGUGAAGUUCAGAUCCCAAGAGGUAUGAAAGGUCUGGAUUCUGAAAAAUCAGAACAUGGCUCUUCCCACAAUACCAGUUUGUCCAGUAUCUUCCAAAACUGUGCAAUGGAGGUUUUAAUAUCAAGUUGUUCUCAGUGUCGAGUAUGUGGAGCACUGGUUUAUGAUGAAGAAAUCAUGGCAGGAUGGAGUGCAGAUGACUCUAAUUUGAAUACUACAUGCCCAUUUUGCAAAAGCACUUUCUUACCUCUUCUUAAUGUGGAAUUUAAAGACUUGCGUGGUCUUGCAAGCUUGCUUUUGAAACCAAGUACCUCUGGUGAUAGUUUACACAGCAGCAACAUUCCAUUAACCACUGAUUCUGUGGAGCAGAAACCAGUUUCCAGCCCUGCUACUGAUUUGAUCAGCUUUACAGAAACAUCAAAUAAGAACCAGACUAUCACUGAAGGAAAGAGCACAACAGCAAUGCAAAGGAUUGGUAUGGAGGAAGGGGACAGGGACCUCAUACCCACAAGGCCCUCUGUUACAAGCAACACAUCAAAACGAGGAGCUUCUCUGAUUCGGAGCCAUAGUGUUGGGGGUCCCCUGCAAAAUAUUGACCUCCUACAAAGGCCAUCUCGUGGUAUUUCAACAGUCAGCCUUCCCAACAGUUUGCAAGAGACUGUGGAUCCCUUAGCAAAAAGGGCAAAUCCUUUACCUGUGUCUGUGCCCUAUUUGAGCCCUCUGGUACUAAGGAAAGAGCUAGAAUCUUUGUUGGAGAAUGAGGGAGAACAAGUGAUCCACACCUCCACUUUCAUCAAUCAACAUCCCAUUAUCUUCUGGAACCUAGUGUGGUAUUUCCGACGCCUGGACCUCCCAAGUAACUUGCCAGGACUCAUUUUAACAUCAGAGCACUGUAAUGAGGGUGUGCAGCUUCCUCUGUCAAAUUUGUCUCAAGACAGCAAGUUAGUAUAUAUCCAACUACUGUGGGACAACAUCAAUCUUCACCAAGAGCCUGGAGAGCCCCUAUACAUAUCUUGGAGAAAUCUGAAUUCUACAGAAAAGAAAGCCUUUGUAAAUUCAGAAGAGCAGCAAGCAAUAAGCACUUUAGCUGAGAACAUCAAACUGAGUAUUCAGCACAAUGAUGUUGUUAAGCCUAUCAAUCUUCUAGUGCAGAAAACUAAAUGGGAUAGAAAACGUCAAAGGAGUUUUUACAGAGAAAUUCUUUUCCUGUCCCUGGUUUCUCUUGGGAGAGAGAAUAUUGACAUAGAGGCCUUUGACAUCGAGUACAGAGCUGCCUGUAAAAGCCUUCCAGCAGAAGUGCUUGACAAGAUGCAGAAGAUAGAUGCGCCACCCAGUGGCAACAUUGAGUGGUGCAGGAAAUGCUUUGGAGCACCUGUCAUAUAACUUCUACAGACUGUGCAAAAAGAAAGGCAAAAUGGGAAAUACAUUGAUUUGGAGUCAGGCUUCAUAACCACCGUUACAGCUGUUGUGUCCAGUCCAGUCCAGGAGUACAUGUAGCACAUGCUUCUGUGAUUGCUGUUCAUACCAGUCCAUGAAUUAAGAGUAAACAUGCUAGUACGAAGAGUCAUUGGCUUUCGAAUUGACUGUUAACCUUCAACUGUAUUUCAUCUAUUUAACCUUUUUCUGCUUCAUGUUUAGAAGAGAACAAUGGAGACUGGACUUACUUGGUGUCUUUAUUUUAAAGGCUUGAAAUGUUGGAAUAUUUUAUUAUCUGCCUUCUAGCCCAAGAGCACAUUAAUUUCUUUAUGUAUGGAAUAGCCAAUUUAAAGAGAGGUCUAUUUGCUGCAUGUGUGUGUACAUACUUUUCGUACAUUUUGAAUUGUGAAUCACAAUUCUUUUCCCUUGGGUCAAAAGACCAAACUAGCUUUAGUUAAAUGCCCAUCUUCUUGAAAACAAUCACUGACCCAGUCUUCAGCAAAAAUAUAGCCUUUGUUGUUGCUAUUGUAAAGCAUAUUUUCUUUUCAUAAUAUAACUAAAUGUUUAAACUGUACAUACAAUUUUCUGUUUUCCCAACAAUGAUGGGUUUCUACCGAGUGGCUUUGCAUUCUGUAAAGGAAAACGGAGAGUAGGUAAAUCUAGGGUACAUGAACGUGUGUGAAAUAUUGACCACGUAUGUUUAGCAUUUGUGUAUAAGAAAGUAUAUAUAUAUAUUUGUGGGAGAAGCUUGGAUCUUCAGGUGCACUAAUGCCUCAUUCUGGCUCAUCUUUUUAACUUGUGGGACAAUAUUUUUUGCACUGUCCAAGUUAAAUACUUCUAUCAAAUGUAUUUAUACUUACACACUUGAACGUGUUUACCAAGAGUGUAAAGGCUGUUUUAAUUAUUUUUUUUUAAUAUCCCUGGUUAACUGCUUGAGGGGAGGAAAUGACUCACAUUCGCAGUUCACCUUUUUUUGACAGCCCUUGGGCGUUUUAUCUCUAAUACCUGGUGGCAGUUGUGGAGAGUUGUCCUCCUCAUGUUCAGUUCAGAUGAUGAAAUGAGAUCUGAGCAUUCAUUUAUUUUAUUUAUAGUUAUUAUUGUGGAUAAUAACUAAAAAGUACAAACCUAUUCUUGGUCUUUAGUUUUUUUUUCUGCCCAUAGUAAUCUUUCACACUUCAGUAGUGCUAGUGCAAAGCAUAGCAGGAUUGUGAGUCUUCCGGUAACAGCACAGCAAGAAUUUUGCACUUGUCAGAACAGUUUGACACUUUAGGUUCAAAUAUGUCUCUUACCAUUCACACUAAACCACAUUUCAAAAUACAUUGCUGGGAAUAAGUUUUUAAUGUGAAAGUCAUCCCUUUAAAAAGCACAGUAUGAAAAUAUCUCCAUUAUAUUUCCCCCUGCCCCCAUUUUUAUUUUCUGUGAGGGUCCUAGCGUCUUGAACGUUGCUUGCAGAAUUGGUAUUUUUGUCUAUUUUGUCCCUUUUAUAUCCCUUCCCCAAUACAAUGAAUUUUUCAUUUACAAAUGAUUAUAAAUAAAAACACUUAUGAAACACCUUUAUGGUAUGUUCAUAUUUCCAUUAAGAUAGCAAUUAAUAGGCUGUGUAUAAAAAAUUGCACUUGGAAUUUUUCCUUGUUUAUGAAGGCUAUGCUUACCAUUUACCUUUUGCCAUUUCUGAAUUACAGCUUACAAGUCAUCAGAAAUAACUUGAGCUAUUGAUAGUAUGCAGAAAAAUGUUGCAGUCCUAAGUAGUAGUAAUCCUUUUGCCUUAACAAAUAGCAUUUUGGGUGAUGUAAAUCACAUUUUAAAACCACUCUUGUGUUGCUGUGAGCUUUGAACUGUUGAUAUUACAAUUGUGCUUUAAUGCAGAACAGAGGAUGAAGCAUCAGAGUCUAGGUUCUUGCGUUACUCCAGAAAAGCAAUAAAUCUAGAUUCCCAAAAGUUGAUGUUGGUGUGAGAAGCAACAGCAGCAUAGCCUCUUCCCAUGUGGUUCAUGGAUUUUUAUGUUACACUAGCUGAGCAGCGUGGGGAGAAGCAGUGCAGAGGUACUACAAAUACCAGCCUCAGCUUAGUGGAUUUAAUGUCAUUUGUUGUACCCAUACCAAAGCUCUCUUGCGUACUUUUAUUGUGUUAUCUUUUUUUCUUUCACAAUAUUCUUAAAUGCUGGGACCUCAAAAUCUGAAAUCAGUGGGGUUAAUUUUUACUGAUAAGAACAUGUUAAGGGCAAGUGAACACUUUAGAAAUCCAUCAGAGCAACUGACAAAUAAGAGGUAAAGGCAAACAAUGUACAUUUGCUCGGGGAAGGAGUUAUGUGCAGCUCUAGUAAGAGGGUAGUAGAAGCUUCCCAUACACAAGGCUUUUGCAAAGUUUUUAUGAAUUGUACCUGUAGCUCCUGAUCCUAUAAAAGUUGACUGGGAAGUAAGUCCCAUUGAGUUCACUGAAAUGUAUACCUCAAGUAAGUGUACCUAGGAAAGCAGAUGUGGAACUGUAUGUUCAGCAGGGUUGUUUUUGCAGCAUACCUUGCUUCAAUGGCUCAAAUUUGGCUCUAUGAAACAUCUGUACUAACAAUGCAGAACUUUAAAAUGUGGUUGGAUUUUAGCAGCUUGUCCACUAUACAUAAUUGUCCACUAUACAUAAUUACUGUAAGUCAGGCUGGGAAGGCCAAUAUUAACAAAUGAAUUACAAUAUAAAAAUAUUAAAACCUAUACAGUAUAGUAUUAUCGAAUAAUACAAACUAACAGAAUAACCACAAUAUUUAGCUGUUUUUAUAUCCAUUUUUUCAAUCGCAUUUUUAAAUGUGUGUUUAGCUAUGGAAAUAAUCAAUUAAGACUUCAUAUGGUUAGUAUAUGUACUCUAAACCAAAUAAAAUGUUAUGUAUCAGUAUCAAAUUAGAUCCUUUAUUUGUUAAACUAAUACAGGAUGUUUCUAAAACAUUAAAUGCUUACACUUGGUUUUGGAAAUUAAAUCAAGGCAGGCCUACAUUUGUAACUUUUCACCACUAAUCAGUCUAAUUUUUACAGUGCAAAAAUUAUGAACUGUAAAAUCAAACCAUGCUUUUUCAAAACCCGUGGCAACAUAGAAACAAAAAAUCCUUCAGUACGUUCAGAAACCUUUAAAGUUCCUUCUGUGUCUUCCUUCUAGAAUGUUUUACGGCACCCUGUGUCAGAACAGUUAUUUGGUAGUUUUGUUCCUAUUUUGCCAUGCACUUAUUGUACUGCAUUUUAGAGGAGGAAAAUUAGGACAGAAAAUCUAGUCAUCUUGCAUAGUGCAAGUAUAAAAGGGAUUAUUUUGUCUUUUUAACAUUUAAAAGCAAUAUGAGUUGUUUUGGUGAGUUUAAAUACAUUUGCAAUGUGGGGAGAGGCUCGAGUAAAAUUAUAAAGAUGGCAAGUUUUCUAUUAAUGCAAGAAUGUACUGGUUUCAGAAUUUGAGUGUCAUCAAUUCACUAUGCUUUGAGUUAUCCAAGCAUCUUAUUUUUUUUUGUAGUCAAGUUUUUAAAAAGGACACUCAUGUUUCCUACUGAUUUUUACAGGUACCCUAGGUGAUGUAGAAACCACUUAUUAGUGUUGUUAAAAAUAAAAGUAUACAAAUGUCUAA